GGAAGGAGCAGGUAUCUCCCCAACUGGGAUCCUGCUGUUCCUGUCAACCUUCGGCUGGCUGGCAGGGAGGUAGUGCCGAGCUGGGGACACUGGUGUGGGCAAACAUGUGCAGCAACAACUAGAGGCCUCGGGACAGGUUAACGUGUGGCCCCAGAGUAGAGGGGAGAAGCAAGAGGUGCCCUGGACCAUGGCAGCCUCCCGCCUGGACUUCGGGGAGGUGGAAACUUUCCUAGAUAGGCACCCAGAAUUGUUUGAAGAUUACUUGAUGAGAAAAGGAAAGCAGGAGCUGGUGGACAAGUGGCUACAAAGACACAGUUCGGGACAGGGGGCUUCGGGCCUGAAGCCUGCCCUGGCUGGCGCUAGCAGCUUGGCUCAGAGCAAUACCAGAGGCAGCACUGGCACAGGUGGUGGUGCUGGACCCCAGGGUUCUGCCCACAGCCAUCCCACGCCCGGUGGUGGGGAAAGUGCUGGGGUUCCCUUGAGUCCCAGUUGGGCCAGUGGCAGCCGGGGUGAUGGCAGCCUGCAGCGGAGAGCUUCGCAGAAAGAGCUGAGGAAGAGCUUUGCCCGCUCCAAAGCCAUCCAUGUGAACAGGACCUACGACGAACAGGUGACCUCCCGGGCCCAGGAGCCCCUGAGCAGUGUCCGGCGGAGAGCCCUGCUCAGAAAGGCCAGCUCUCUGCCCCCCACCACAGCUCACAUUCUCAGUGCCCUGCUGGAAUCGAGAGUGAAUCUGCCUCAGUAUCCCCCUACGGCCAUCGACUACAAAUGCCACCUCAAAAAGCAUAACGAGCGCCAGUUUUUCCUGGAACUGGUCAAGGACAUCUCCAAUGACCUUGACCUCACCAGCCUAAGCUACAAGAUCCUCAUCUUUGUCUGUCUCAUGGUGGAUGCUGACCGUUGCUCGCUCUUCUUAGUGGAAGGGGCAGCUGCAGGCAAGAAGACUUUAGUCUCCAAGUUUUUUGAUGUGCACGCAGGAACCCCACUGCUCCCCUGCAGCAGCACAGAGAACUCAAAUGAAGUGCAGGUUCCCUGGGGCAAAGGUAUCAUUGGCUAUGUCGGGGAACAUGGAGAAACUGUCAACAUCCCCGAUGCCUACCAGGACCGAAGAUUCAAUGAUGAAAUUGACAAGCUGACUGGAUACAAGACAAAAUCACUAUUGUGCAUGCCUAUCCGGAACAGUGACGGGGAGAUUAUCGGUGUGGCCCAGGCGAUAAAUAAGGUCCCUGAGGGUGCUCCAUUUACAGAAGAUGACGAAAAAGUUAUGCAGAUGUAUCUUCCGUUCUGUGGAAUCGCCAUCUCUAACGCUCAGCUCUUCGCUGCCUCGAGGAAAGAAUAUGAAAGAAGCAGGGCCUUGCUGGAGGUGGUCAAUGACCUCUUUGAAGAACAGACCGACCUGGAAAAGAUCGUCAAGAAAAUAAUGCAUCGGGCCCAAACUCUGUUGAAAUGUGAACGUUGUUCCGUCUUACUUCUAGAAGACAUUGAAUCACCAGUGGUGAAGUUUACCAAAUCCUUUGAACUGAUGUCCCCAAAGUGCAGCGCUGAUGCUGAGAACAGUUUCAAAGAAAGCGUGGAGAAAUCGUCAUACUCCGACUGGCUGAUAAAUAACAGCAUCGCUGAGCUGGUUGCUUCGACAGGCCUUCCUGUGAAUGUCAGCGAUGCCUACCAGGACCCGCGCUUUGACGCUGAGGCUGACCAGAUAUCUGGUUUUCAUAUAAGAUCUGUUCUCUGUGUCCCUAUUUGGAACAGCAAUCACCAAAUAAUUGGGGUCGCUCAAGUGUUGAACAGACUUGAUGGGAAGCCUUUUGAUGAUGCAGACCAAAGGCUUUUUGAGGCCUUUGUCAUCUUUUGUGGCCUUGGUAUUAACAACACAAUUAUGUACGAUCAAGUGAAGAAGUCCUGGGCCAAGCAGUCUGUGGCUCUUGAUGUGCUGUCUUACCACGCCACGUGUUCCAAGGCUGAAGUCGACAAGUUUAAGGCAGCCAACAUCCCCCUGGUGUCAGAACUGGCCAUCGAUGACAUCCAUUUCGAUGACUUUUCCCUUGAUGUUGAUGCCAUGAUCACAGCUGCUCUACGGAUGUUCAUGGAGCUGGGGAUGGUUCAGAAAUUUAAAAUCGACUAUGAGACCCUGUGCAGGUGGCUUCUAACAGUAAGGAAAAACUAUCGGAUGGUUCUCUACCACAACUGGAGGCACGCCUUCAACGUGUGCCAACUGAUGUUUGCCAUGAUAACUACUGCUGGGUUUCAAGAGAUUCUGACCGAGGUGGAAAUUUUAGCGGUGAUUGUGGGAUGCCUGUGUCAUGACCUCGACCACAGGGGAACCAACAAUGCCUUCCAAGCUAAGAGUGACUCUGCACUGGCCCAACUCUACGGGACCUCCGCGACCUUAGAGCAUCACCAUUUUAACCAUGCAGUGAUGAUCCUUCAGAGUGAGGGUCACAACAUCUUUGCUAAUCUGUCCUCCAAGGAAUACAGUGACCUCAUGCAGCUCCUGAAGCAGUCAAUAUUAGCCACAGACCUCACACUCUACUUUGAGAGAAGAACUGAGUUCUUUGAGCUUGUCAGUAAAGGAGACUACGAUUGGAGCAUCACAAGCCACCGAGAUGUGUUUCGAUCAAUGUUAAUGACAGCCUGUGACCUUGGAGCCGUGACCAAACCGUGGGAGAUCUCCAGACAGGUGGCUGAACUUGUAACCAGCGAGUUCUUUGAACAAGGAGAUCGGGAGAGGUCAGAACUCAAGCUCACUCCCUCUGCUAUUUUUGACCGGAACCGGAAAGAUGAACUGCCUCGGCUGCAACUGGAGUGGAUUGAUAGUAUCUGCAUGCCUUUGUAUCAGGCCUUGGUGAAAGUCAAUGCAAAACUGAAGCCGAUGCUGGAUUCAGUGGCUGCCAACCGAAGGAAGUGGGAAGAGUUGCACCAAAAAAGACUACAGGUCUCUGCUGCCUCGCCAGUCCCUGCCAGUCCCAUGGUGGCCAGGGAGGACAGACUGUAACUCACCCAGAGCCACUGCGCCACCCUUUGGCCGGGAGAGUUCUCUGCAUCCCGAGCCCUUCAUCCUAUUCGUUCAGCUCCGACAGUCCUAAAGCUUUGACUGUAUCAGGAAGCACACAAGAAAUUGUGCUUGGCAGCAGAGGAACGAUAGAUAAAGGAUGGAGGGGGACAGAGAAUAUGAUCCAUACUGCUGGAUUUGGAUCCAUGGACCUGAAUGCCAUCAGCCCCACUCCUACCGAGUUGAGAGGACACCAUGGUAAAAGUGUCACUAUGGCUGCUUCCUGUAUGGUACUUUUCUGUUAUGAGCACUUCCUUUCUUUGCAGCCUCUCCUAGAGCAGGCUCUCGCAGCAGACGGUCCGAGAAUGCAGAUUUGCGUUCUAGAUGUUUUAUUCUAAUCCUACUGCUUCUUUGUGAUGCGACAGACCCUUGGUCUCCUUGCCUAGUGGAUAGACCUACGCCCCAUAUUAGCACCAGAUAACCCCAAUCUUAUUUCCCACAGUAGUGAUAUAGUGUGUUUGUCUAAUUGGUGUUACACAGGAUCUGUAACUCUGCAGUGAGAUAGAUCAUGGUUCAGUUUUCUAAUUCAGCCUGUAUUCAGCCUUUUGUAAGCAAAGUCUUUUUCUAGGAGGAACAGACUAACAAUUUUAUUAAAGCAAAGGAGAAAGGGGAUCUAAGGCCACAUGUACCACAAGUGACAUGUAUGAACACUGGGUGACAUGUAUGAACACUGGAACUACUUCCAACAGUGAGAGAUACUUCACAGGUGCAGAGGAGCCCUGUGACCAAACAUGGAAUAGCUUGAGGUAAUGGGGAUGAAGGUUUGAGGAUAAAAUUUAAGGAGCCAUGAUUUUACAUUUUUCCUUGCAUGUAAAAAAGAAUAUUCUAGAAAGGCCAGGGAAAAAAAGCAUCUGUACAACCUAUAUCUGCUAGGAAGUCAGAUCUAUAGCACAUGAAAACAGUUUUUUUUUUUCCUUAUUAGGUAUUUUCUUUAUUUACAUGUAAAUUUCUCCAUUCCUAGUUUCCCCU